AUGACGGUUGCUACCAGCGACCCUGCGGAUGAAGCCGCAGCACAUCCGGGUCAGCCUCAUGACCAGUAUGACCCAGAACUGGAUCAUGAGUGCUGCGAGAGGGUCGUCAUCAAUAUCUCAGGCUUGCGCUUUGAGACGCAGCUCAAGACUCUCUCCCAGUUUCCAGAGACGCUGCUGGGAGAUCCUAAGAAAAGGAUGAGGUAUUUCGAUCCUCUCCGGAACGAGUACUUUUUUGAUCGCAACCGACCAAGUUUUGAUGCCAUUCUGUAUUACUACCAAUCAGGAGGGAGGCUGCGUCGGCCUGUUAAUGUGACUUUGGACAUUUUUUCUGAGGAGAUCCGGUUCUAUGAAUUGGGCGAGGAGGCUAUGGAAAUCUUCAGGGAGGAUGAAGGUUUCAUAAAGGAAGAGGAGCGGCCUCUGCCAGAGAAUGAGUUUCAGAGACAAGUGUGGUUGCUGUUUGAGUAUCCCGAGAGCUCAGGUCCUGCUCGCAUCAUUGCCAUCAUUUCUGUCAUGGUGAUUCUUAUCUCUAUUGUCAGCUUCUGUCUGGAGACAUUGCCAGUUUUCCGAGAUGAAGAAGAGGAGAUGUACAAUUAUAAUUUGCAAUCCAUGUCGAACGGCACCUCAACCUUUGACAGCUCGACCUAUUAUAAAGACCCUUUCUUCAUUGUGGAGACCCUCUGUAUCAUCUGGUUCUCUUUUGAGUUCCUAGUUAGGUUCUUUGCGUGUCCCAGUAAAGCUGGAUUUUUUGGCAACAUUAUGAACAUCAUUGAUAUUGUGGCAAUUAUCCCCUACUUCAUCACCCUGGGCACAGAGCUUGCAGAGAGGCCAGAGGAUGGCCAGGCAGGCCAGCAGGCUAUGUCUCUGGCUAUUCUUCGUGUCAUCCGUUUGGUCAGGGUGUUUCGUAUCUUUAAACUCUCACGUCAUUCCAAGGGGCUCCAGAUCUUGGGACAGACUUUGAAGGCCAGUAUGCGUGAGCUGGGCCUCCUCAUCUUCUUCCUGUUCAUUGGUGUGAUUCUGUUCUCCAGUGCUGUUUACUUCGCAGAAGCAGACGAGCCAGGUUCCCAGUUUAGCAGCAUCCCUGAGGCCUUUUGGUGGGCUGUGGUUUCCAUGACCACCGUGGGCUAUGGAGACAUGGUCCCAACAACCAUUGGAGGAAAAAUCGUGGGGUCUCUCUGCGCCAUCGCUGGUGUGCUGACUAUUGCCUUGCCUGUACCUGUCAUUGUGUCAAACUUCAACUACUUCUACCACAGAGAGACGGAGGGCGAGGAACAGGCACAGUACCUGAAUAUCCCAAGUGUGCCUAAAGCCAGCUCAGCUGACGAUCUGAAAAAGAGUGGCCGAAGCGGCAGUGGGUCAACUCUCAGUAAAUCUGACUACGUGGAGAUCCAGGAGGCUGUGAACCACAGCACUGACGACUUCAGACCAGAGGGCAUGAAAACAGGAAACUGCACCCUGGCCAACACUAACUAUGUAAACAUCACUAAGAUGCGCACAGAUGUAUAAUGUGAGCUAUUGUAGACAGUUAACCUCAGCAGGGGUCUACAGGGACUGUAACGGGAGGAUGAAGGUGUGACUCCCUGUAUUGAGCAACGAAUGACACCCAGUGUGGGAGUCCAGAGUAGAUUAACUUGAAGAAAAGGUCAGUUGAGAGGACCUCAUGUUCUCCCAUAUCCUGUGGACCUUUCACCGCAUAUCAUAGAACUGCCAUCUGUCUUAUUUAGGACAUUGUCAGUGUCUGCAUGGAGUUAGUCUUACCUAUGUGACAGUAGUCAUGCCGCUCGUAACAGUAGCCAAUCGUAGCCUAACCAGUAAUAACCAAUAUUAACAGCGUAAAGGGACCACUAGUUUCUACCUUCUUGCUCAAACUGCCAUCGAGAGAAGAUGCACGAUAACAACUAUUUAGAUCAGCGUAACAUUUAUUUUAAAAUGUAACUUAUCUUAUUAACUCGUGAUUAAAAACAGGCCAUAUUAUCAGCAUUCACGAGCAACUUUAUUCUGCUGCUCUAACUGCCAAGGUCCUGACUCAGAGAAAAACAAAAUCACUAAGAUCACUGCUGUUCUGUCAGAGGAAAACUGAAGUGAGCAAAAAAGAGCGCGAGAGAGAAAAAUACUAAUAUGCUUUUUGGCCAAAUGGUCACACUGCUUCCUCUGUCAGAGAAAAAAAAAAGCCUGAGUGCACUGGUAUUCUUCCCCGGGCCAUGGGCCCUGGGCCAUAUUGUCUAGUACAAGCUAGUGGCUUCUGUAGAGACCAACAGAUAGAUGACAGUGCCGUGCUGUAAUUCUGCAUCACAACAGCACAACUUCUUUUUCCUGCUUUUUUUUCUUCAAUGAAACUCAAGUGGAUUUACUAUAUGUACACUCUUGCCAAG